GGGCCCCCCCCGGCGGUGCUCCCCAGGGGGAGUGGGGACGUCGCUUUGGUCCCGGGGUUCCCUGUUGGGGGGGGGAUGGCGGGGGCCGGCAUCGAGCUGCGCCGGUUGCGGUUCCGGCAGUUCCGGUACCAGGACGCGCCGGGGCCGCGGGCCGUUUGGCGGCGGCUGCGGGAGCUGUCGCGGGGGUGGCUGCAGCCCGAGCAGCGCAGCAAGGAGCAGAUGAUGGAGCUGCUGGUGCUGGAGCAGUUCCUCAGCAUCCUGCCCGAGGAGAUCCAGAGCUGGGUCUGGGGUCCGGCACCCCCAGUCCUGCGCCCAAGCCGUUGCCUUGGCCGAGAGUUUCCAGUUGGGACUGGAGAGCCCGAUGGGAUGUGGGAGCAGCAGGUGAGGGGGGGGCUGCAGCCUGCUCCCUGGGGUGGGCAAGGAGUAGGCAGCCUCCUGGACCCCAAAAUUGGGGAUGACACCCACACACCCCCUUUUGAGCUUUGUCCCCUGGGGGUCCCGGGCACCCAGCUCCCCCACCCCUACAGCCCCUGGGGGGGUGGUCCCAGGCAUCCCACUCCCCUCUUCACCCCCGGGUGCCCCUUUCUCCCUGGGUUCCGCAGGUUGACGGUUGCGCGUGAAGGUGGAGGAGGUGGCCCCAGGGGAUGUGGAGGACCCCGAAGUGGCUGGGGACCCCCCCAAGCCCCCCCACCCGAGUCACCCCAGCUGCCCUCCGGGGAUGGCUGGCAGGAGGAGGUGGCCCUGGGCAAGGUCAAGUGUGUCCCCAAGGAAGAGGAGCAGUGCCUGCAGGAAGCAGCAGGUCCCACCAUGGUGAGCAGCGACCCAGAGGUGCCCAUCUUGCAACGGCAAGACCUGCAGCACCCACCCAGCACCCUCCAGGAUGUCCCAAGCGCCGCCACCCCAGCCCGGAGAGGGACCCACCGGCGACAGAUCCCUCAGGAUCCCACCACCUUCCCCCAACCCCUCCCCCAGGCUCUACCCAGACCAGUAGAAGCCACCGGGAGCCCAGCGAAGCCCUGGGUUAAGCGGGAACUGUCAGCGCAAGGGAGGAGCGUCCAUAUCCCUGUGCGUCUCCACACGGGCGAGCGCCCUUACGGCUGCGGCGCCUGCGGCAAGACCUUCACCAACCCCUCGGACCUCAACAAGCACCAGCGGUCGCACACGGGUGAGCGGCCGUACCCCUGCGGUGCCUGCGGCAAACGCUUCAGCCAACAGUCCAACCUCACCAUGCACCAGCGCAGCCACACGGAGGAGCGCCCCUACCCCUGCAGCGCCUGCAGCAAACGCUUCAAGUACUUGGCGGACCUGACGGUCCACCAGCGCUCACAUACAGGCGAGAGACCCUUCCCCUGCCCCCACUGUGGGAAGAGCUUCAGCAACAAGUCCUCCCUCGCCCGCCACACACGGAUCCACGCUCGGGUGGCCUCCAGGGACAAGUGAUGGGCAUGGGGGCGGUGGGGGGAGGAUGAGGAAGGGGAGGCCGUGUCGUCCUGGUGGUGGUGGGGAGGACCAUGGGGCGGGGUGGGCCUGGUGGGCACCCCGCGUGGAUGGGGAUGGGGGGGUUUGCUGGUUGGUGGGACGUAGGGGAUGUGGAUGGGGGUGAUUUGCUGGGAGGAGGUGCAAAGUGGGUGGUGGGAUGAGCAGUGAUGUUCUCCAUAAGCCUGGUGGCUCCAGGACUUGGUUCCCUCAUCUCAGAGAUGUGACAUGCGUGAAGGUGAGGUGGUGGCUGAUGUCGCCCACGAGCCUCUUGGCUCCAGGACUUGGUUCCCUGGUCCCAGACGAGAUGCAACGUGGAAAGUGGGAUGAUGAGCUGAUGGCUGAUGUUCUCCAUGACUCUGGUGGCUCCAGGACUUGGUUCCCUGGUCCCAGAGAUAUGACACAGGUGAAGGUGAGGUGGUGGCUGAUGUCCCCCAUGAGCCUGGUGGUUUCAGGAUGCAGCUUCCUGGUCCCAGAGGAGAUGCAACGUGGACAGUGGGAUGAUGACUGACAUUCUCCACGAGCCUGGUGGCUCCGUGACUUGGUUCCCUGGUCCCAGACGAAUUGCAAUGUGGACAGUGAGAUGAUGAGCUGAUGGCUGAUGUUCUCCAUGACUCUGGCGGCUCUAGGACUUGGUUCCCUGGUCCCAGAGGAGAUGCAACGUGGAUGGUGGGAUAAAGAGCUGAUGGCUGAUGUCCCCCAUGA